AUGGAAGACCUACGGCAGUACAGGAUUGAGAAAGACUAUGCUGUGAGUAAAGACACAAUGCGGAGAUUUCUUUUCACAUUUGAGAGCUCUGGAACGCUAAAGUACAUGGCGCAGAUAAAAGCACUUUCGAAAACAAAGGCAAUCAGCAUCAAUGUGUCUGACAUCCUUGAGGACGGAAACACUGACCUGUAUGCGGAUGUGCUAAACAACACCGCCAGAUACAGAGAGAUUGUGUAUGAAAUUGUGGAUGAGAUGCUGAGGGCAGAGGAGAUAGAGAUGCCAAAGGAGGAUCUUUUUUUUGAGCAUCGAAAGGCCCGGGUGAUGGAGAGAUACCCAAACAAGUCUGUCUUUGAGGUGCUUACUAAAAGCAUUCUUCGCUACUACAGCGUGAACAUAUACCGAACAGACCUGCUCUCUUUCAACGAUGUGACACCAGACGUGAUUGGGUCUCUUGUCUGCAUUCGGGGAAUAAUAAGCAAGGCGUCGGACGUGCACCCAUCUAUUUCUGUGGCGGUUUUCAUGUGCGACUCAUGCACCUCUGAGGUGUUUCAGGAGGUGGAGGGCGAGACCUUCCUCCCGCUGUCAGAGUGCCAGUCUGAAAAAUGCAGAGCUGGAAGAACAAAGGGAACACUGCACCUGCAGACGCGGCCAUCAAAGUUCCGCUCAAAGCAGGUCUUUCGGGUGCAGGAACUCUCUGCUGAGGUUGAGCCAGGGCGAGUUCCCCGGUCUCUUACAGUGGAGGUGUACGACGAGCUUGUUCGAACAGCAGUUCCUGGCACUGAGGUGCUUGUUUCUGGAGUGUUCCUUCCAAAGCCAAACGAAGGAAUCCAGAAGAUGCGCAUGGGCCUGCUGAGUGACACGUACAUACUUGGAUCAUAUGUGCGCCCGAUCAAAAAAGCAUCAGUGCGCGCAGCCCGGCCUACAAGCGAAAACACAGAUGAAAACAGAGCAUCCGGAGAAGAAGCUGUUUCCCCGGUGAGCGAGCAGCAGGAGAUAGCUCCUGAAGAGGAAGAAAACUCCCCGGGCAUGGUUGACCUGAUGGCCUCCUCAAUAGCACCUGAGAUAUCAGGAAUGGAGGACAUAAAAAAGCUGCUUCUUCUGAUGCUCAUUGGAGGAGACACCUGCACUGAAGGCGGGCUAAGAAUAAGAGGAGAAAUUAACGUCCUUUUGGUCGGAGACCCUGGUGUGGCAAAAAGUCAGCUUUUGAAGGCAGUAUGCAGGCUCUCGCCCAGAGGCAUAUUUACAACGGGAAAGGGAGCAAGUGGGGCAGGUUUGACAGCAUGCGUGUCGCGAGACUCGGAGACAGGAGAGCACAUUCUUGAAGGUGGUGCUUUGGUCAUGAGCGAUGGCGGUAUCUGCUGCAUUGAUGAGUUCGACAAAAUGCACGAAAGCGACAGAUCCUGCGUGCACGAAGCAAUGGAGCAGCAUAGAAUAAGCAUAUCCAAGGCUGGUAUAAACACAACACUCAACGCAAGAUGCUCAGUUCUUGCAGCUGCUAACCCCAUUAAGGGGCGGUAUGUUGAGAAGAAGGGCAUUGCCUGGAACGCAGGGCUUCCAAGUGCUCUUAUCUCCAGGUUUGACGCAGUGAAGGUCAUUCAAGACAUAGCUGGAAAGGGCGAUGUUGAGAUAUGCAAGCAUAUUCUUGGAGUGCACAAAAGAAAAGGCGCAAUUACAGGCGUUCUCCCAAUUGAGAAGCUGGCCGCUGAGAUAAACAAGUGCAAGGUCAUUGAGCCUUCCUUAGGAGAAGGCGUGCAGGAAAGAAUCGUCUCUGCAUACUCGCUUGAAAGAGCAAAGGAUGCAAAAAUGCUUGGGAAGGGGCUUCCGGGCACAGCAAGGCGCGUUUUGUCAGUGCUUCGUUUUUCGCAGGCGCUUGCAAAGGCACACAGAAGAAAAACGGUCACUAUACAGGAUGUUGAGGAGGUUCUUCGCCUUUUGGGGUGCGAUUCGCUCAGUAUAUACGAUAUAAUCAUGAAAAUGGAAGGCGGUAAUAAUGAAUCCUAUAAGGUAAUCGAGCUGGAUUGCAUUUACAAAGAAGCCAGCCGCUUUGACAUGGCCGAGAUAGAUGAGUGCAUCCGCCAGCAGGUAGAUAUCGGUGCGUGGUCUUUGAAUGGGGACAAACUCACUAUUUUUACAUAA